UGCAGCACAAUGUAAGAAAAAAUGAAAUACAUGAAGAAAAAGUAUUUUAAAAAAAUAGAUAAUAUGGGUCCUAAAAGUACUGGUGCAGCACCAGUAAAAUGUGAUAACUUUGAGGAACUCGAUGAAUUGUUUGGAAAUAAACCCAAUGUUAUUCCUGUUGCAAUAGCAAGUUCAUCGAAUGACAAUAUUAAGUUUGAAGUUACACAGAAAGAUCUUGAUGAUGCGAAAGAUAAUAAAAAAAAACAACGAAAGAGAGCGAGUACAAUAACUCUCAGUGAUUUACAAGUUAUACUUGAAGAUAAAGAAAACGCAAAGAAGGCCAGGCACGAAGAAAAACAAGAACUUCUUCGACAAAGUAUAAGUUCUUAUGAACGCAUGAUGGAAAAAUUAAUGGAAAAGCUAUAAAGCUGUGAUAAGAUUAUUUAAUAUUGUUCCGUCCGGCUCUGCAAUACAUUUUAUAUAAUGAUAAGUAUAUCAGUAUUAAUUUAAAUUAUAAGAAGAUUUGCAUCCAAGAAAAAUGAGAUUGAAUAGUUAAUGAUUAAAAAAUUGUUUGAAUUAAUACGUUUUUCUUUUAGCGACACAAGUUGACACAAGCUGACACAAGUAUCAUUCUAUCUUUUAUUAAAGCCUGAAUGUUUAAAAAAGACAGAAUGAUGAUUGUGUCAACUUGUGUCGCUAAAAGGAAAGCACCCUUAAUAAAUUAUUUUUCUUGAAUGCGAAAAAAAAAA